UCGAAUAGUCAUCAAACGAACUCCGCUGAUGCAGAGCGUAUAACUGCGAGACAUUUUCUCGCUCGGUGUUUCCUGCCUCAUUUUUUCUUUUCUUCUCGCGAAUCAGCGGAGAUGCACGUAAGAAUUUUGACAAUGAGUAAUUAAAUUAAAGUACAGACCAUGUGCCAAUUGACGCGAAAUAUGCGCGCUGCGUUUAAUCGUUGCCUGAACUUCCUCUUGUAACGGAUCCCGUUCUGCGCAUACUGUUCGAGAAGAAGCUACCCAAAAUGAAGAAACGGCGAGACGAGAAGUGGAAUGAUCGGGUGACAUUGAACGUAGGUGGUGUUCGACACGAGACGUACAAAGCGACGCUCAAGAAGAUCCCGGCGACGAGAUUGUCGCGGUUGACGGAAGCUUUGGUGAAUUACGAUCCGGUUUUGAAUGAAUAUUUCUACGACAGGCAUCCGGGUGUUUUCGCGCAAGUGCUCAAUUAUUAUCGCACGGGAAAGUUGCAUUAUCCCGUAGACGUGUGCGGCCCGCUUUUUGAGCAGGAACUGGAGUUUUGGGGAUUGGACUCGAAUCAGGUAGAGCCGUGCUGUUGGAGUACGUACAGCGUUCACCGAGACACGCAAGCUACCUUGGCAAUCCUCGAUAAGCUCGACGUCGAGGGCGAGAAGCUCAGCGACGAGGAAAUCGCGCGGGCAUUCGGCUUCGAGGAGGAGUAUCACAGUGGCACCUUGACGAGAUGGCAAAGAUUGCGAUCUCGCCUCUGGAUCCUCUUCGACGAGCCGUACUCGUCGUUGACGGCUAAGUGCAUAGCUUGCGCGUCGGUGCUUGUCACCUGUCUGUCGGUGCUGUGCUUCUGCGUGAAGAGUCACGCGUCGGCCGAACCAUCGGGGGACGAGUGCGAGGAGGAAUCGUCGGAAGACUGUUCGAGCGAUAUCGGAAACACCGCCGACCCUCAUCGAGCAUUCUUAUACUUGGAACACGCCUGUAACGCUUGGUUCACCGUGGAGAUCGUGCUCCGCUGUCUCGUCAGUCCUAGCCUGAAGCGUUUCGCCAUGUCGCCGGUCAACGUGAUCGAUCUGGUAGCGACGAUGAGCUUCUACACGGAGUUCUCGGCGGAGCCGAACCUCUAUCUCGAGCUCUUAUCGAUAGCGCGCGUUCUACGGUUAUUCAAGUUGACGAGGCACUCACCCGGACUUAGAAUCCUUAUCCACACAUUCAAGGCGUCCGCGAAAGAGCUGGCUUUGUUGGUCUUCUUCCUCGUGCUCGGAAUCGUGCUCUUCGCCAGUCUCAUAUUUUAUGCGGAACGUUUGCAGGAAAAUCCUGACAACGAUUUUGACAGCAUACCGCGAGGCCUUUGGUGGGCCUUGGUCACGAUGACCACUGUAGGCUACGGCGAUAUGACACCGAAAACUUUCCCCGGCAUGUUCAUCGGCGGACUGUGCGCUCUGGCGGGUGUCCUUACUAUCGCUCUUCCGGUUCCAGUCAUUGUCAGCAACUUCUCCAUGUUCUACUCGCAUACGCAGGCACGCAGCAAACUACCGAAACAGAGAAGAAGAAUUCUACCUGUUACUCCAAGACGGCCGAGGUCGUCGCAUCGGAAUCACAUCGACAGCGGAGAUCGUCGAUUUCUAACGAGUCUGGCUUCCAAGUCAAUGUACUCGACCGGAUUAAAUAAUGUUGUGUAAUGAAAUUUGACUGUCAUCACAAGAAAUCGACGUGUGCGUAAUAAUUUUAUCUUUGAAUUUGCUCUUGGCAAAUA